UGAAUGCUUAUCAUCUAAAACAAUGUAAUAUUCUGUAUGUUUGUAGUCUUUUCACAGUAUUUACACUUAGAGUUGUACUACAUGGGAUAAUAAUGGGCAAUUGUAAUAUUUAUUAGCUGUAAAAUGUAAAGUUAUAAAUGUUCUAGGACCCACUUUUCCUAAAACCACUCAGAAUGAAAAAUACAUUAUGUUUUUUACAUUAUAAUGACUUGCGCCCAGCCAUGGCCAAUCAAUCAAAGAAGACGUCGUCGACCAAAAGUCUCGAGUACAGAUCGCAAAAUCUCGCGAGAGUUUCCUCCUGGUCUUGCAGCUGCUGGGGAGAGAAAAGCAGCGAAUUCAGUACAUUUAUUUUCCUGUAGGGUGUUCAUGAUGAGUUAUGCUGAAAAGCCUGAGGAUAUAACUAAAGAUGAGUGGAUGGAAAAACUCAAUAAUGUACACAUUCAGAGAGCAGACAUGAAUCGACUCAUCAUGAACUACUUGGUAACAGAAGGAUUCAAGGAGGCAGCAGAGAAGUUUAGAAUGGAAUCUGGAAUCGAGCCUAAUAUAGACCUGGAUUCCUUAGAUGAGCGAAUAAAAAUCAGAGAAAUGAUCUUGAAAGGACAGAUUCAAGAGGGAAUUUCAUUGAUCAACAGUCUACAUCCAGAGCUGUUGGACACAAAUCGCUAUUUGUACUUUCAUCUGCAGCAACAGCACCUGAUUGAGCUGAUUCGCCAGCGGGAGACGGAAGCGGCGCUGGAGUUCGCUCAGACACAGCUGGCGGAGCAGGGGGAGGAGAGCCGUGAGUGUCUCACUGAGAUGGAGCGCACACUCGCUCUGCUUGCCUUCGAUAACCCAGAGGACUCGCCAUUUGGGGACCUGCUGAACAUGAUGCAACGACAGAAGGUAUGGAGUGAAGUCAACCAGGCUGUUUUAGAUUAUGAAAACCGAGAGUCUACACCUAAACUAGCAAAACUGCUGAAACUGUUACUGUGGGCUCAAAACGAAUUGGACCAGAAGAAAGUCAAAUACCCUAAAAUGACAGAUCUCAGCAAGGGCACAAUUGAGGAACCCAAGUAACCUUAAGAUUGGUGCAAUCGCACUGAGACUUUAAACAAGGACACACAUGCUUUACUUCCUAUUUAUAAUCAGUCUGUGACUGGACCAUUUUUUUUGUGCAAAAGAGAGGACUAAAUAAUUCAAUGAUAUAAACUAGAUUUUAAAGUGACAACUCUGUUAAAGGCCAAAAGCUACAUUUCAAGACACCAAGGUUUAAAAUUGAUGUGGUAUGUUGCAGAUAAAGUUCGGGAACUUUUUCCAAAGCAUAGUUCAUGAGUAAAAAGGUAUUGGAAGGAAAUGGGAUUUCUUUUUAAUUGUAAUUUACUGUAGUUCUUUGGAUUAAAUCUUGAUGCUUUUGGAUUUUAAUGGAACUGUUAUUAAGCAAAAAGGUCACUUACCUUUUCAGAUUUUCAGGUGUGAUAAUAAGGAGGAGUACAUACAGUGUAAGUGUAUUCUAAGCCUAAAUUAGGUCCCUUAAUGAGGCAUACUGCAUCCUGGAAAGCUCCAAAUGUCUCAUGUCAUAUGUGAAUAGCAUCCGUCUCUGGCAGGUUUAGGCAUAACUUGUUAAAAGCAUAAGUUCUAUAUAUAAGAAUGGCAAAGAGAAUAAAUGUAAUUCUUUAACUACAACUUGAAAGACAUUACUGAUUUAACUUUCUUUUUUUUCUGCUGAACAAUUGAAGUUGUUUGUAUUUUUCAUUAUGAGACGGGUACUAUACUAGGGGGAACUUUCACACUGGUACCCAAUAAAAUGUUCAAAUUGAAUUGUCAGUACAGUGUAAUAUAUUUAUUUUCUGCAGGAAUUAUUCAAUUCAAGGUUGGUUUUGUUAUGUGUACACAGUUUAUAAUGUGAUUUCAAAGAAUAUAUUCUAGUUGGAAAUGACAUUUUUUGCAAAAGGUACAGUAAUAAACAGUUCUUUUGGAAAAAGAAUGGAGAAUUUUACUGAUCAUUUGGUUAUACAGUAGAUAAGUUCUCAGAGUUGGAUUAGAUACUCAGUGAGGCACAAAAGGUACAACUAGUCUUUCUAGUUUUACUAGUUUUAAUGUGAAGCCACCGCUACAGAUUUCAAGGAUCUAAUCCAAUUUUGCAAAACUUUAACCAUAAAAUAAUUGUAUUUGGCUAGUUUCACAGACCCUGAUUAGCACAAAUCUUGGACUACCCAGUGUUGGGAAGGGGUCCAACAUUCAUGCUAAUCAGGGUCUGUGAAACCAUCUUCUAGCGUCUUAUGAAUUAAUACAAUGCAGAAAACACAUUUUAAUUUCGUUAGGUCUUAGGGGGCAAGGGUGGAAUGGAAAGUGUGAUAUCCUACUGAAUGCUCCACUCUGCCAGGGGAGUUCAUUCUUUUGUACAAUGUUUAUGAUGCUUGUUUGUUUAAUACAUGGCAACUUAAUGUAAUAUGUUUCCAUACCUGCAAUAAAAAAACCAAUGGCAGUGAACACAA